AAUGCCUCCUGCUGCUCUCUGAGAUUUAAAAACACACACAAGCCAACCAACCAGCGCAUGGCAGGGAAUUCUUCUUGCUUAUACCAGAUCCGAAGUGUUUUUCCUGUUGUUCUCUGCGCCUAAAGAGCAUUUAUUUAUUUUUUGCGGGGGGAGACUACAAAUCCCAGCAUGCCCUGCUAAACUCCCGGGGUGAUCCUGCCAUGAAUUCGCAUUCAGUUGGUGUGGGCGGGGCUAUGAUUGUGAUGCGCCGCCACCCCCGGGGGGCGGAGUCGGAGAGGAAGGAAGGAAGAAGGAAGGAAGGAGGAGAACGCAACCAAAUCCAGCGGCGAGUUCAGCUCUGGGCGGCGGCGGCGGCGGCGGCAGGUGAGGCGGUGGGAGCGCGAUAGAGGCGGAGGGGUCAGACCAGGGCAGAUUUUCGGGCUGAGGAUCGCGGCUUCCCUGAGCGCUCCUUUGCAGAGGACUUGUUUAACUGACCGCUGGGCAGAUAAUCGGGAGGGGGGCAGCUGCCCAAGGCUCUUGCUGGAUCGUUGCUGACUUUGGGGGGGUCUUUCUUUGGUAAGACUCUUGUAGCGGGUUUUUUGGCAGGGGGAGGGAGAGAGGGAGAUAAGAGGACGCACUGGGGGGGGGGUGAAGGGACGGGCCGCCUCCCUUUCAGGGAAAGUGGAAUCGGUUUGGAGGAAAGUGUUGCGAGAGGGCUGCGAGCUUUUCCUCUUGCCUAAGAAAAAACGGGGCAAGAGAGAGAAAGCAAGUUUUGUGGCCAGCGGGCUCUUUCCCAACAGGUGUUUAUGGCUCGGAGAGAGAAGUGACUCAGCUGAACUGCAGGGGAAGCAGGAGAGCAAAGCGGGGGGGCUGCUCGUGCCCUGCGCCUCCUUCUCCCCUGCAUCUCCCUGCCCCCUUCUCGCUCCCACGCGCGCCCUCCCUCUGCCAAAGGGGCCACUGAGUGCAAUGGGUGGUGGGCCAAUUCCUGUGGGAAACACCUUGCCCUCGUGGGCUUUAAAAAUGUUCGAGGAGUUGGAAACACUUCAGGCCUGGACAGAGCAGCUUAAAAACAUACACACCUCAGAUAUAAAGGGAAAUUGUAGGAGGUCAAGCCAAAACAAAUGGAACACACCUAGAGCGAGUACAUUUAUGGCAAGCCUGGUGCUAUUUAAAACAAUCCUGAGAUGGGAAGACAGGGGAAAUCAUUGUCUUUCUCUGCAUAGGGGAAGUGGCAAGGUUCUCUCUUUUAAAAACUAUCUGCUGAAUUUAAAAGGGAGGUUAAGGGAAAAGGUACUUCCUUGUCAGGUUUUUAAGAAAAGAUAAAUUUGGGGCUGCCCCGUGUAUUAUCGCUGCCCUAGGCAAGUUGAAAUGUUGACGCACUGAUUGUUAUGCUUGUCUUUACCUUUAACACAGGGCAGCCAAUGAAGGUCUGAGGGUUACUGGGCUGCUGCCUAGCUUGAAAGUGCAGGCAGGCGCUUCUUCAUACCAUUGUUUAGCUAUCUGGGGCAGGCACCCCUGAAAUUUGGGUGCCCCAGUAGGUUGCCCAGCUUGCCUUUUUAUUGGAUUAGCUCUGCUGAGCAAAGGGUUGCAUAGACUGGGAGCACUCUGGCAAUCCCUCUGCCCCUCUCAUAAUCCUGAUUAUGUCAUCCACCCUCCCGUAUUCAAGACAGCCUGUGAAAUUGCCCCCAGAUGGGGUUUCCUGGCCAUGCUCAUUGUCUCAGCACCCACUCUGUGGGCCUUCCUGCCUUAGGGUCAAAUGAAUGAGAGCCCUCCUUGUUCCAGUUGUUGGGAAUGGAGGGAGCAGUGGAACAGGAGGAUCUGUGGCUGCAAGACUGUUAAAGAUUAGAGGGUUCUGCAGUUUGUAUUAUGACAACCCUCACUUGGGAUGCUCUAGGCCAAGAGUAGCUAAACUCACUGGCCGUUGGCUGGGGCUGAUGGGAGUUGGAGUGCAGCAACGUCUGGAGGGUGUCACAUUGCUAUAGGCCCAGAAUACCCUUCCUUGGGUUAGGACAUGGGUAGGCAAAUCAAGGCCCAGGGGCCAAAUCUCGCAUAAUUGCCUUCUAAAUCUGGCCCUCGGACGGUCCGGGAAUUAGCAUGUUUUUACAUGACUAGAAUGUGUCCUUUUAUUUAAAAUGCAUCUCUGGGUUAUUUGUGGGGCCUGCCUGGUGUUUUUACAGGAGUAGAAAGUGUGCUUUUAUUUAAAAUGCAUCUCUGGGUUAUUUGUGGGGCAUAGGAAUUUGUUCAUAUAUAUAUAUAUAUAUAUAUAUAUAUAUAUAUAUAGUCCCCCCAAGAGGUCUGAGGGACAGUGGACCGAUCCCCUGCUGAAAAAGUUUGCUGACCCCUGGUAGGAGAUCAGAUGAAGUGGUUUACUUGGUCAUGGUGUGUGUGCCUCUUAAUUUAAUUCUUAAUUAACCAAUGUUUAUUUCCUUGUAGGUGAACACUGUGCAGUGUGCUUGAACACUCUGCCUCCUUAUCCACUCCCUGAUUAGGUUGGAUGCUUCUGCGCCAUCACUGUUGCAUCAGCAGAGGGUGCCCUUGGACCUGAGCCCAAAAGGAGGAUGACCCCUGCCCAGUGAAUCCAUGUUUUGUCCAUGCUGGAGAGGGAAAGAAGUUCUGCAUGGAAUGAAUCCUUUACAUGACUUUGCCAGCCAGCUGCGCCAUGGGUGGGGCAGCCCUCUUCUUUCUCCACCUGCUGGUGGCUGGUUGGGCUCAGGGAGCGACUGCUGACAGCCCUUACCUUAGUGUGGGGGACGGGACAGCGUUGGAAUUUGACUUCCCUGCAAACAGCCGUGGUGUCUUGCUGGUUUCCUGCCGCUAUUCAGGGCCCAACGCUUGGCUGAGCGCGGAAUCUCUGGAACCUACCGUUGUUGCCAUUGAGAACGUCAGUGCUUCCUGGGGAGGAGGUUUUAUGGUUGGGUUUCAGUCCAGCUUAGCUGGCCUAGCUCCUCUGCAGCUGCAGCUGCUGGAGCAGAACCGACUUAUCGAGAAAGCCGAUUUCCAGAUCCGUGUCAGUGCUCCAGAGCCGGUGGCAUCGUCAGGGCUGGGCCACUUCUCUGAGAACCCCAUCCUCUAUGCUCUCCUGCCUCUCAUCUUCCUCAACAAAUGUGCAUUUGGCUGCAAGGUGGAAGUGGAGGUUCUGUGGAACCUGGUGCGCCAACCCCACCCGGUCAUGCUAGGCAUAUUAGGCCAGUUUGUGGUCAUGCCACUGUAUGGCUACCUCAUGUCCGUGGCCUUCUCCUUGCCUAAGCCGCUGGCCUUGGGACUGGUCAUUUCUUGCUCUUCACCUGGCGGUGGCGGCGGCUACCUGUACAGUCUGCUGCUGGGUGGCGACGUCACCGUGGCCAUCUCUAUGACCCUCCUGUCCACAAUUGCAGCCACGGGGCUGAUGCCGCUGUCCUCGACAUUCUACGGCUGGUUGCUGGGUGCCCACGAGACUCUCCACGUCCCCUUCCUCAAGAUCUUCAUCACCCUGCUCUUCAUCGCUGUGCCCAUCUCCACUGGCAUGUUGGUCAAGUGCAAGCUGCCUCGCCUCGCCCGCCUCCUGCUGCUCCUGAUCAAGCCGUUCAGCUUCACCCUCAUUAUAGGAGGACUCUUCAUGGCGUACCACAUGGGCGCCUUUAUCCUGGCGAAUGUGCAGGCCCCGAUUGUGCUGGCGGGCGUCACUGUGCCCCUCUUUGGCCUGUUGUUGGGCUACUUGCUAGCUUGGUGCUUAGCGCUGCCUGGGCCACAGCGCCGGACGGUUAGCAUUGAGGUUGGGGUACAGAACAGCCUGCUGGCUCUGGCUGUGUUGCAGCUCUCCUUCCAGCGGGCCCAGGCUGACUUUGCCUCGCAGGCUCCUUUCAUCGUGGCCCUGAGCAGCACUUCAGAGAUGUUGCUGCUGGUUUUGGGGAACCUGGCAUACAGCAGACUCUGUUCUGCUGGCUCCUGAGUGCUCUGGGUGAGGGGAGGCAGAUACCAAAGAUGUCAAAACAUUGGCUGUGGCCUGCAAGAAGAGACGGAUACCAUAGGCCUUAGAAGCUGGUCUUGGGGCGCUUUCCCCCAUCCCUGGGGUGCGGAUUCCAAGGCCUCAGCCUCUCAACCUUCCAAGGGGUGGCUUGGGUACCAAAGGGGCCCUUUGAAGUGAGAAGCACACACCUCCCAGAGGCUGCUUGUGUGCUAGGAAUCCACAUCAUCUGGCCUUUUUGUUUUCUUUUUUCUUGUCUACUUGUUUUUCUACACAGCGAGUGGUGCCUCUGGAGCUUAGAGCUAGAGCUGUACUGACUGUGAGGUGGAAGAUGGGGGGUGGAACUGACCCAUUUCUUCUCUCCCAUUCACCAGGGAUACAGGGUUUGAAUAAAACGAAAGAGAUAAUAUGUUCUGUGUGGCUGUCUUUCUUCUUAUUUCCUUCCAGGAGCUGCAGAAAUGGGGCUUUGUGGAGUGAUGGGCAGACGUGGAGGCAGCCUAGGAGGAUUUUUUCACAUUUUUUAAAAAAAGCUAGUGCCCCUGAAAUGUGUUUGAAGGCUUGGCUGAAAAUGUCAGAAACAAAUAAAAACUCCAAAAUCCACACUUGUGUGAUGCCUUUUAUUAUGGCCAACCAAAAUGUCACUUGUAGGAACUAAUAAAGGUGUUGCCCAACUGUGGAUUUUGGAUUAUUAUUAUUGUUUUCUUAUAGACCGAGAUGGCUACCUUUGCUUUUUAUAUAAUGAAGUAAAAAAAGUUUGGAGUUGGGUGAUUGUUUUUUUCCAGAGAAUUACAGGGAAUAUGAGAGGGACAUUGUAGUCUCCCUCCCUGUGUGUGCAUAAGUGUGUGUAAGAAUAUAUAUGCAUCCCCUCUACUGUUGUCUCUGAUAAACAAAUUUCUUAUU